AUUUAUUUACACAGUCUGGACUUAGAUCUAAGCCAAAGCCUUUUCACACUGUUCCAACUAUUCACUACAAAAAAUUUGACACAUUUCGGCAUCACCGCCAUUCCUCCGCCACCGCUCCGCCGCUUCUGCAUAUUUCCAGAGUUUCUGCGCUCGUCUCCCUCUCUCCGUCGCUGUUUGUGGGGAGCUGAAGGGAGAGGGGUUUCGACAUUUAAUUUGCGCGGCACAUAUUUGGAGGAAUUCAGCCGACACCGUAUUUCCCUCGUUCUGAUUUGGUGAUCCAUCGGUUCUGAUCUGCGAAGCUUUCCUCGGAUCCAGAUUCCGCUCGCCGGAUCCUACAUUUUACUGUAUAUUGAUCUGAUCUGUCCCCGGGGGAUUUCUGAUUAUGAUGUCGGAAAUUGAAGUUUCAAAGGAGGCGUCGGUGGUUGGAGUUGGAGAGCAAUGUGGAAUGGGCUCGAGUUCCCACCAGGAUUUGCGCACCCCUGACUGCAAUGGUUCCAGCGCCCACAAUCAAGCCAGUGAUCUCGACAGAUCCUAUGUAUUUGUCACAGGGACCGAUGAACUCCGGGAUGAAGAUGCUGUCGGUGAUGUGGAUGUGGUUGUUGAGGAGAAUGCUGCUGUGGUUGAGGAUAAACAGCUAGAUACGAUUUCUGAAAAUGAAAGGCCCGAUGCAGUGACUGGGGAAGUAAUCAAGUCCGUCGAUGAAGGAAUGACAAGGAGUGCCCAGCCGUGUAAUGGGAAUCCUUCAAUGGAGUAUGAUAGCACCAGACAGCAUGAAAGAGAACACAGGUUCCAACCUCUUGUUGCUGAUUCUGUGGAAAAUCAUACUGACAAAUCUGAAAGCUCGGUUGAACCUGAAGUUAACUUGGUUGAGCAUUCAGAUGUUAAAGAUUCAAGCCAGGGUCAAGUUGCUGCCCAGGAGUUUGGGGACGAUAAUGGGAAAAAUGAAGGUCUAGCUAAGCUGGAGAAAUAUGACGAUGAUGAUCUUAUAAAAUCUGAGUCUACUCCUGGUACCUUAGAGUAUCAGGAAUCUCAAGUCGGGGCCUUGGACCCAGCUGUAAAAUCACUGGAAAAUGGGGAUCUAAAAAUUAUGUCUUUGUCUUUCAACUGUUCUGGCAGCGCAACAGUUGGAUAUGAGGAUCCAAAUAGAAAGGAUGAAUGUGAUACUGAAAUAAGCUCAGCUGAGUUAUUGCAGGCAAAUCAGAGUUUUCAAGUUGUGGAUGAGAAUGUAAUUGACUGUAGCACAGAAGAUUUGGUGCCAGUAGCUGAGAAAGAGAAAAAAGUUGUUGGAGAAGUGGUGGAAGAUGCAAGACAAGAAGUUCCUACACCAGCAUCAUUGGAAUUGGAUAUGAAGGUGCAUGAAUUCAAGGAAGAGGUGUGUAAUGAGGGAGCGAUGGCAACCAUGGGUUCAGAUAUGCAUGAACAAUGCCAUUUGGAUACUGCUCUGGAGAAUGAUUGUCGGGGUGUGUCAGAACAGAUAGCGGAAGCAGAAACUGUGGUGAGUAGUAAUAUGGAAUCUGUUUGUGACCUCACGGUAGAUGGAAAAAAUGAAGAGCACUUUGCUUCUCCUGCUGCUGGUGGUAUUCAGCAAUCGGAGGAACCUGACAAACAUCCUGAUGGCAGUGUGAUUCCUCUGGAAACUGUGCAUGCGGAAAGCAGGACUGAUGAUACUUCUCUGAUGACUGAAUGUGUUCCAACUUCAAGUGCUCAUUCUCUUCAAACUGAAUAUGAGAAUUCUGUAGCUGCACCUAUUGAAACAGUAGCACAAAUUAUUGGGAAUGGAGUUCCAGAUCCUAACUCUUGGACAAGGAGCACUGCAGCUAAAACAAUCUCGGAAUCUGAUUCUACAAUUAAUGGAGUUCUCACAGAAAAGGAACCACAUGAAGUUCUUACAGAAAAGGAAUCAACACUUCAACAUAGUGAAGCUCCAGGUGAAGCAGAAGUUUCUAGUGUGCUAUCUGUUGUUGCAGAUGACCAACCUGCAGCAAUCUAUAGGACUUUGGAACCUGAGGUUCAUGUUCACACCUAUGAUGCCAUAAACAGUGGAGACCAGACUGAUGGCGAGUCAGCUUCAUGUAGAGUAGAGAUUGAAGACAGUUAUACUGUUGAAAAUACUGUAGUGGAGUCUGUAUCUGAAAUGGAAGGUGUUCAAAAGACGGGUGAUCAGUUACUUGUUGCUGAAAUUGGCACCAGUGAGAAUGUGAUCUUGCAAGAAGAGGAAUCCCCUGUAAAAGCUGAAAAAUGUGAUGUGAUUUUAGAGCCUGGGAGUCGUGUCUGUGAUGCAACCUGCAGUGGAGAAAAGUCGAUUGCUGUGUGUGAAACCGUUAAAGAAGAAGUUUUAGACAGCUUUAAUAAUGAAAAUGACUGUGCAGUCCCUUCUGCAUCAGCAGUAGAAGAUGGGCAAAACAUGGGCAAUCAAUUGGAUAGUGCUGCAGUGGGUAGGCAAGAGUCUGCGUUCUUGCAAGAAAGCGAGACUGCUGUAGAAUCAGAAGCACUUAAUAUGGAUUUGGAAACUGAAGGUAAUGCUCUUAAUUCGUCUGCCGCAAGCAAUGGAGAAAGGUCUGGUACUGCGCCUGGAUCAUGGGCAAGAGAGGUUUUAGAUGGUGUUGCUGUUGUCAGUGAGGGUGUAGCAAAUACUGAGAUGGACAUAGAUGUUCAAUCAUAUAUUGCCUCCGGAGAUGGUCAUGAGAAAGUGAUCUCACUAGCAAAAGAUGCCAAUGGGACUUCUGAAACUUCUGAUGUGAAGCUAGAACCUGAACUUCAUGUGGUGUCUGUCACAAGCGGAACAGAGAAUUCAGACAAAUUUAAUGUUGGAGAUGAAAGUGUAGCGAACACUGAACUUGAAGUAGAAGAUGUCAAAGAAAACCUGACGCUGGGAGAAAAUGAGGGUGACAGACAAUCAAGCAGUGAUAACAUCUCCGGAGCUGCUGAGCCAGAGGGUUCCACUUCAAAUACAGUCUCCACAGAGGAGCCUAGUAUUAAGAGUAAAACAAAACCAUUCAACUUUUUGGUGAGGGUUCCAAGAUUCGAUGACGCCAACCUUAGAGAACAAAUCAGGCUUGCAAAGCUACAUGUUGAUGAUAAAACGAAAAUCAGGGACGCCAUUCAAGCUCAGAUCCAAGAGAAAAGACAGGCCAGCAGUCAAAUUCAUGGUGUCGAUUAUGAAUUUGCUAAAGGAGAAGGUAGAAGUGCACGAAAGCUUGUAAGGUCAAAGCGGAUAGAAAUAGAUUCUCUGCAGACCAUGAUUAACAAAGCCAAGAAUGCAUUAUCCAUCGAAGAUAUUGAUAGCCAGAUACAAAAUAUGGAACACAUGAUUCAGCAUGAGACUCUUCCCUUGAAGGAAGAAAAACAGCUCAUCCGUGAUAUCAAGCAACUGAAGCAACUACGCGAACAGUUGUCUUCCAACUUGGGAAGCCAAGAUGAAAUCAAGCGCGCACUUGAACAGCGAGAAGAGCUUGAAGAGCGAUUGAAGACGCUGAGAAAGGAGCUUGAUGUACUCAAAGAUCAAGUAUUAAAAGCUGAGUCUGCAGCCAUGGACGCGGGGAGGAAGUAUGAUGAUGAAAAUAAAAAGGUUAGGGAACUCCAAGCUCAGUUUAGAGCCGCAGAUGAUGUUCGCCAAUCAGCCUAUGCUCAGUUGCAGAGUUUGAGGAAAGAGCUCUCCAAAAAGAAUGAACACUUUUUCAAGUACAAGGAUGCCGCAGCCAUUGCCAAUAACUAUGCAUUUAGCGGAAACAAUGAGGCACUUUAUUGCUUAUGCACCGAAAAUGUGAAAAUUUUUAUGGAAAUGUGGAACACCGACGUUGAUUUUCGCAAGGAGUAUAUGCGGUGCAAUACAAGGAGUACGAUCAGGAGACUGGGGACUUUGGAUGGCCGUGCACUUGGCCCAAAUGAGCAGCCUGUGAUUCUGCCCAGUUACACUGACGAGCGUAAUGACAAUGCGAUCCCAGCAGUAAAGCUUGAUGCCGAUGCAUCAAAAAUUCCAAAACCAGAGAUAAAGCAAGAAACAAAGCUCCAAACUGCGGCCUCCUCAAAUGGUAAAUCAUUCCCAAAACCAUCAGAACCCAAAAAUCACAAAGUGGCGAAAAAGGAGACCCCGGCCCCUGUGCCCGCACCUGAACCUGCACCUGUACCUGCGAUGGACAACGGGCAUGCUCGUGUUUUUGGUGAAAAAGCUGCUAAUGAGGUACACGAGGAGGAGCCGAAGAAAUCAGCAGAGGAAAUUGAGUCAAUAAGGAAGGCUGAGGAAGCAAGAAGGGAGGAAGCUGAGGCGCAGUUGAAGGAGCAGCGUCGAUUAGAGGCACUGGCAAAGGCCAAUGAGGCGCUCGAGAGGAAGAAACGACGAGCAGAGAAGCUACAGAUGAGAACAGAGCUGAAGCUACAGAAAGAGGCCGAACAGAAAGAGAAGGAGAGGGAGAAGAGGCUGCGAAAGAAGGAAAGAAAGCAGGCUGCCACGAGCGAUGCCAAUGGCAAUCCCAUCGAGACUAACAACCACAACAGUGAAACAGCUCUGAGCUCAGAGAGCGCUCCAGAAAUCAUCAGCAGGGAUUCUGAAGUGAAGGAUGCAACAGCGAAAAAGGCGCAGAAAAAAUGGCCGUGGAGCGGAAAGCAGCAGAGCAGUGGGGGGGGUGGGAAGUCGAAAAGCAGUAUCCCUCCGGCGUUACGGAGUCGAAACAAGAGGAAGGUGUUGCAGCAGUGGAUGUGGGUGGGGGCUGCAAGCCUCCUGAUCCUGUUCCUAUUCUGGAUGGGGAAUGUCAGCUUGUUCUCUAACAGCAACAAUAUUCCUAGGCGUCGCACUCCUCCUAUUCCCUGAUCCAUCCACCCAUCUAACUACAGUAACAUUCCCUCUCCCUUUCUUUACAAUUACUAUUAUUAUUAUUAAUAUUAUUAUUAUUAUAAUAUAGGAGGGAGUGAGGAUACAUACACAAACAGCAUAUACAUUUGUUUCUUUGAGAGAGGGAGAGAGAGAGAAUGAUGUUUGUUCUUGGGUUAGAUUGUUGGUUUUAGCAAGUUGUCUUGUGGAGGGAGAGUGGGAGUUUAUAUAUAUACAUACAUACAGAGAGAGAGAGAGAGAGAGAGAGAGAGAGAGAGAGAGAGAGAGAGAGAGAGAGGGACAUAGUAUAAUAUUUGAUGAAGAGUGGGAUUGGGUUUGUGAUGGAUAGAUAUAUGUGGGUGUGUAAACUGGCGGCACAUGCCACCAUUUUAAACACUAAACAAUAUAAUAUAAUAUUUUACUUGAGUAGAUUAA